AUGAGUAAUAAUGAUCCAAAACAGUUAUUGAGAGCAUGUGCUGAGAAUUUAUUGAACGCAGUGACUCGUCUUGAGAAUACAUCAAAUUCUUCUCAGCAAGUUUCUGUAAAUAGCCCAAUCACUAGCCCAACAGCAGCGUCACCACAGGUGCACAGACCUGAGCAAGUUCCUGUGCAUAGUCCAAUGCUCAGCGCAACAACAGCCUCACAGGUGCCCAGACCAACUGCAGCUGAGGAACACAGAAAUUUGUUUGGAUAUAGACCACCAUCCUGUAGUAAGAGAAAUAGUAGACUGCCUCUUUCGAAAAGGAAAAGGAUAACGACAUCAACUGGAGAACAGGUGUCUAUUCCUGUGCGAAACACAUGGUCCCGUACAUUUGCCUGUUUAGCAAAGAGAAAUGCAACCACAGCCCCAUCUACAGCAGAGAAGGUUAAUAUGGCCCUUUCUGGCUUGGAUGAGCGAACAAUAUGUUUUAAUAAAGGUGGAAAUAGUGAACAUGUCCACAAUAAGAUUUUGGAAGCAUUUCCAAUGCUCUCUGAUGUUGGUGGAUAUAACAUCCUACGGACGGGAGAGCGUGGCAAUCGCAAUUUGAUGCUCCUUGCUAUGCCACCUGGUGGAUAUACAGUCUCAUUUUUAAAAUCAACAAAAGGCUCGGCCAAGGGAUACAUCAGACCUUACCAAAAAGACAUUGUUAUUGAUAACAGCACUUUCACGAGUAAAGGUCAAACUCAGGUUGGAAUUUUAUUAUUUAUUUAUUUAUAUAAAGUACUUCAUUUAUAUAUAUUUUACUAAUGCUCUGAGCAGUAUGUUCUAUCCUUUUCAGGUUACAAUACUUUUAUUCUAUAACAAUAUGUUUCAUGUUUGACAUGUCAAUGACAAUGUACUAUCCCACAAGACCAGCCUCCCUUCUAGUGCCUCCCUUCCAGUGCCAUUACAUUUAUAACAAGAAAUCUUGUCAAAUGCUUGUGGUUUCAUUAAGGUUACAGAACACCUUUGAGUGUUAAUUUUGCCUAAAAAAUUUUUAGUCGUUUUCACGAAAGCAUUAGACUAGUUCUACUAUCUGACCAAGUUUGAACGAAAAAUAUUGAAAACUCGCAGAGUUAUUUAAUAAAAUACAUUUCGCUGCACUAAGAAAAACAUUGAAAAUGUAAUAUUCAAAUUCAAUUUUCUCCAGAACAAUUUUACGGCAAUUACCGAUUUUCAAACGAGUUGUGCUCCUGCGGGUUUUAACCAAUUUUUCUCAAAUUUUCACAGGACAUAGCUAAAGACGUCAGUUUCAAAAUUGUGUUCGGCUUUGUUCUCAUUUUGGAUAUUUUAAUAAUAAGGAGCAAUUCACACAAACGAUUCAGAAAUAUGUUGCAGUCGUCAAAGAAAUCGCCAUAUCAGCGGAAUGACGAAAUAAACAAAAAUUUCCGAACACAAUUUUUUAGAACAACUAUUUUACUGUAUAAAAAUGAUAUUUUCAUAAAUAUAUCUUAAAACCAGCAGGAACAUAACUCAAAAGCGUAAAGGUACCGCGACUUAAGAUUUUCCUGAAUAAUUCUUACAUUAUUUUAUUGUUUGUCAAUUUUACAACUUCAUCAUAUUUUGCAUGCACUGGCUAACAUUUGGUGAAAAUUUGAUGAAAAUCGGACUGGUAUCGAGCGCGCAGUAGCGAUUUUCCACAAAACGCCAAAAAGGGUGUCCUGUAACCUUAAUUCUAUUGAUAAAUUCAACUAAUUGAUAAUUUCAGUUAUUAUUUUCCAAAACUAAAAAUUGUGUAUUGCCAGGUUACGACUUUGCUGCGAAUGCGUAGUAUUUAUUUCAUGAAGUCAUUAGUGCACUGUGCAUAAGUUACAAGUGUAAAGUACAUGAACUGCCAACAUAUACUGUACUGUAUACAUACUAUUUCUCAGAUUUCUACAAGUCCAAGAGUAGAAUGUGUUAAUUGCCAUGUUGCUGUUGCCAUGGACAUGAUGCAAGAACAUGACGAAGUGUGUGGAGGAGGUGGUUCAGGAAAUGUUGCUAAUUACAGUGCAAGGUAAUCUCAAUUAUCAAGGUGGGGUGAUUAUCAGGGAAUAUUCACAAAGACAAAGUGAAAGUAUAUAUUCCCCAAUAAUCACUGAGCCUGAGGCAAAUAACUGAUUGCUUUAGUAUUUUUGCACAAGUCAUUUGUGUUUUUUUUUUUAACAGAAUUUUUUAUCAGUAACUUUAAUACAAAACAGCUAGUAUAUAUAUAUAUAUAUAUAUAUAUAUAUAUAUAUAUAUAUAUAUAUAUAUAUAUAUAUAUAUAUAUAUAUAUAUAUAUAUAUAUAUAUAUAUAUAUAUAUAUAUAUAUAUAUAUAUAUUGCUGUAUUCAAUAAUACUAAAUAAGUAUAUACUGUAUGUCCAAUUUUGUAGUGAAUGUGAAGAAAUAAUGGAAAACAAUUUGGAACAAACAGAUACAGGUAAUACUGUAUACAUAAAACACAUUUAUUUUUCCCAGCAGACCUACGGUAAUAACUUUCAGACAAAUGGCUUUUGCUCAAAACAUCAAAGUAUAUUGCUUGCAUUUUUCAGGUAGUUGAAUCCAUGGGGACUUUUUGCUAAGUUUUUCUUGCUUUUUGUGCUGAAAAAGAUCAAUGAAUAAAGUAUUUGUAUUUUGCAAUUGGCUUGAUAAAACAAUAGUAAUCAGUGCGUACCUUUUUUUUAGGUUUCCAUCAACUGAAAAGCAUUUUCCCAAACAAUGAACCAAAUGAAAUAAGAGAAGCGCUGGAAAAUGCAAAUGGCUGCAUUGAAACAGCAACAGAAAUUCUACUGGGCAAUGGUACGUAUACACUGUAUGUUUUGUUAUGUUUAGCAAAUUUUAGCAAAGCGUUAUACACCAAAAUGUGAUCUUACAAUGUAAAUCAUACUUAAUAUCAGUGGCGCUGUGGGUCACAUUUUUCCGACAAACUCAAUAGGUAAAAAAUGUCCUGAACAAAAACAUUUUAAUUCACCUCCCCCCCCCCCCCGUAACUAGAGCGUUAAUUGGGGGGUUUAUAUUCAUGUAUUUGUGUUCUGCCCGACUAAUUUUUAUUUGAAAUCAACUUAAAUUCAAAAGAAAUUUGUGGGGCAGAACACGAAUAUAUGAAUAUACACCCCCCCCCCAAUUAACACUCUAGUUACACCUCUGCCCUCCUCUUGUUGGGUAUACAGUGCAUGUAAAACUGAAAAAGCACUCAGCGGCCCUGCAUAUAUGACCAUAAAGAUUCCGACGAAACUACCAAUUUUCCAGCGGGUCUUAACAGGGGCAGACUGGCUACCUCAAGGGGGCCCGGGCGAUUUGGCUAGAUGGGGGCCCUGAACCCCCCCCCCCCAAAAAAAAAUUACCUUAUCCUAUCGUAUUUUUUAGUGAGCACUUCUAUCAUUAGUCAUUGAUCUGCAUCAUUGAUCAUUAUCAUUAGUCAUUUUCUGCAAAAAUGUCAUUGUUUAUGUUGCAAUUGGGAUGCAAAUCCUGUUCAAACUCCUGUCAUAUAUGUACUUAUAAUGAUAUUAUGUAAUAUAUGGCAAAUUCAUUAAAUUAAACUAAACUAAACAUUUGAUUUAAGCCAAUUUGAAGGGGUCCAAAACGGCCUUACAAUAGGGAAUGGAGGGGGGGCAUGGUCUGGGUCUUAACAAUAGGGAAUGGGGGGGGGGGGCGUGGCCUUAAUUUAGUAUGAUCAUUAAGUAUGAUAAUAUCUACAUUCGUAUAAAAAGAAAUUUUGAGAAUGAGUUUAUUCUAGCACUGAGUCUGAGGUAACGACAUAAAAUACAAAAUCGACAUAAAAUACAAAUAGCGAAACAACAAAGUUUUCUACUUAUACAUGCAGCAGUUGAUGAACUUAAUUAACGACUUAUAGUUUGCAUUUUUUGUGUAAACCCUUACCCAAUACUGUGAUCUUGAAUAUUUCUUUCUUUUGCUGCAAAAUGCUUUCUUAUUUGAUAUAAUGGAACUUCUUAAUAACUUUACUCGCGUACUGUACAGUUCAGCCCAAGCAAUCUGCAAUUUUCAAACAUUGUUUUCUGAUGUACGUUACCCUAGCUGCGAGCAGAGUCCUCUCUUUUUUUAUGACUGUACUCGCAGAAUACUGUAUUCUUAUGUAAAUUCUCCUGUGCUUAUUACCGUACCUCAUUGCCGAAAUAAUUUUUUACUCAUGCAAGGUUUGGAUGAUGAAAUCGAAAUUCUGGCCAUUCGCGGAAUUGCUGACCAACCUGAUGACAUAUGUGGUGAAGCGAAAUCACAUUCAGACCUAGAUGCUUUCAGGAAAGAGGUCGUCAAUGAUAAAUUACCACGGCAGCGUUUUACAGUUUCAAGAGAGGAUGGCAUGGAAGAGCUGAAAAAAGACAUCCUGAGCCACUACAAAGAUAGUAAGUGUAAACUGACAGCAAAACCUCGUGUCAGGUUUGAAGGAGAAGAAGGUGUUGGUUGUGGCCCUAUCCGAGAAUUCUUGUUGUGUGCUAUGAAAGUCGUGCAGGAUGGUAUUGGUGGAAGCGGAAGACAUACUAUGUUCUUUGAAGGCGAAGUGGACCAUCUAAUUCCUAUUCAUGAUCAGUCCUUAAGGUGCACAGGAUCGUUUAAAGCAAUUGGGCGUAUAAUUGGCCAUUCGUUGAUACAUGGUGGUCCAUUGUUAUAUGGUCUCUCCCCAGCAGUGAAGCGUUAUUGGACUCUGACUGGUACCGCUUGCACCGAAGACCCUAAUCUAGAAACUCUGCCUGCAAGUAUUAGCAUUGCUGACGUUUCUGAUGUUCACCUAAGACAAUAUAUAUUACAAGUAUGUAUGACUUGAAGUAAAUACAAUAAUCAUUUAAGUUCUAUGAAAUACUAUAUGAUCAAUUAUAAUAAUACUUAAUAUUUCUAUUGCGCGAUUUUACAAAUGUAUAUGAUCAAGUGCGCAUUACAAUCUUUCAGUGACUGGUUACAUUACAGCCGGAACUGACGUUAAGCAUGCUUGACUAUGAGCUUAUAAAUGGCGCGUUAAGCAGCCGCUGUUAGUCCAUACCUCAUUAAUGAUCUGUCCCCUAACCUAUGUGCCUGACCCACCCUGUCAACUUUCCUGUGGGGGGAAACCGGAGUACCGAGAGAAAACACACGACUUUCGGCAGAGCGUUGAUUUUUACUCCUUUCACAUAAGGACUGGGCUCGAGUCACAUUGAGAAAUUCUCACUAAGAUUUGAACCUGCGGCCUUAGAGGUGAAAGUCAAGUGCACUAACCACUUCGCCACCGAAGCCCCAUGAAAACGCUAUAUCAUAUAAACCAGUUAUGUAAUAUAAAGGGUUCUUACAUUCCAGCUUGAAAAUAUUGCACCGGAUGAUGAAAUCCCUCCAGAACUUAAAGAGGGGAUCACACCAUAUCUUUUUGAAUCUGGUCUGGAUAUCAAUGUUUUGAAUUCAGAUCGGCAGUUGGCCAUUCAAGGCCUUAUGGUGUACCACGUGAUCGAUAAGAGAAAGCGAGAGUUAGAUGAUAUAGCUAAAGGUCUGUGGAACUUCGUAUAUUUAUAAGUUGUAUCAGUUUCACAAGGCACGUUUCUGAUGUGUUAGGCUUGUUUCAAACGUCACGCUACUCGUGUGCGGAGCGCAUUAAAAGCCAUAGAUAAUGAGAUAAAAUGCCUUUGGUAACUGUAUAUUUCGUAGUGUAAGCCAUCAGCUUUUCUAUGUUGUCAGCGACCUUAUGUAGUUCUUGCAGUGUCUUCUUCAAUUUGAAACUUCACACAAUCCUUGGAUCCCUAGUCAAAAUAUUUUAACCAAAAACAGUAUGCAGUCUGCCAUCUUGGUAUUUCAGUGGCUUUUGAGUGCCUUGUUCUAGUCAAAAAUUGCGUUGUAAGUUGCCGAGCAAAAAUUGCAUUGCCCAACAUGCAUGGAAAUUAUCGAUCAUAUUUUAAAAGUGAAACGACUUGUGUAUAUAUUUUAAAUAACUAUGAUUGGUAAAUAUAAGUUUCGUGCAUGUGCUUCUGCACGUAUUCCUCAAUAACCAAUUAUCGUAAUCAGAUUGUGUUCCUCGGCCAUAUUAAAUUUUGACUAAUUCACGCGAAUAGCUAUGUACAAAGUAUACAGUAAUGCAUUAGCUUUCUAGAAUGGCUACUUGGAUUUUAUGUGUAUUUCUCAUUACUAGGAAUGAACGAGGUCGGAUUCCACAGUUUUCUGGGAAGAUGUGGAUCUGAUGCAUUAGAUUCUAUUUUCCCAACAUCUGACAAACAAACCAUUACAUUUGAACAAAUGAAAGAAGUCAUGGUUUUUGAGCAGACUGAGGGUCAUGAGCAGACGAUAACAUUCUGGCACAAUUAUUUAUUCUUAUUGUCAAAAUAUGAACCAGGUAUGGUGCAGUAUCUUAAGUAGACUGGGAUAACGGGGUAUGAUAAAAACGUAUAGCUGUAUAAGCACGUUAAUAAUUUUAGGGAAGUCUGUCUCGUGGCACAUUCGUCAUAUGUACUGUAUUUCCAUUUGCCUGUCAAAAUUUCGUACAUUUCAUUUAUUUUACAAGAUUUGCGAAACAUAACAGACAUAAAUAAGACUAAUAAUUUACAACAUUUACAUACGAUUCGGGCAGGACUAGCCAGAGAGAGAGAGUCGUCCUCAGCUGGAAGAGGGCCACCUAAUCUAUUCCAUACGUAUAGUGUACAGUAAGUGUAAACAUUAAUUUUUCGAUUCACCCAAAAGCCAACAUACGUAAUUAUUUCUACUUAUUUAGAUAGCCCUUCUCUGACGGACUUAUGCUGUUUUUGGACAGCUACGAACCAAUUGCCCCCACGAGGUGCAACGUUACAGGUAAAGUUUGACGAGGGUGAAUGUAAAUUGCCGUUGGGAGAAACCUGCUUUUCAAUUCUGACGCUUCCAACCAUGCAUAAGUCGUAUGAAGAAUUCAAGAAAUAUUUGGAUAUAGCACUCCUACAUGGUUCCAUGGGAAUUGACCGUUCGUAA